ACACACACACACACACAGAGUAGAGACGCAGAUAGGGAGAGAAGCCAAGAAGACCCACAACAAAAAGCAGCAGUGAACCAUUGUAACUAUAAUGCAUGACAAGUUCUAUGGGAAAUCAUGAGACAAAGCUUACAUACAGGUCCACCCAAGCCUGGAUGUAUUAUUGUAUUCUAGAACAUCGGAUAGAAACCUGAUCUAGGUUUCCCUCUACAGUAUAGCACCUGACUAGCAUACAUAAGGCUCCUCAUUUUGAUUUAAUCCCCAAGAAAGAGAUUUUAAAAUGCCACUUAUCCACAAACCUAAAAUAUAAGUUGGUUCCAAUCAAGUACUUCCUUAUUGAGCAAAGAAGAUGUGGUCUCCAAGCGUGAGGGGUUUUUACUUAUGGACUGAGAGAUGUUCUAAGACUUCAUUGAACAAGCUAAGACCUCUGGUACAGGCCACCAAGAAGCUCAAGCCCACUCAGCACUGUCUCUGGAAAUGGUAAGUUCCCCAGGACUGGAGUGGGAGGAAGACAAAAGGAAUCACAGUUGACAUUUCAAAAACACCAGGUCUGUGCUUUCUUACAGAAUGCAUCCCAAAUGCUUCUCCUAGCAAGUAAAUCAUUUUACUGUUCCCAUAUGUGAGGAAAAGUAUGAGUAGCUUGCUUUGCUCAUGGGCUAGAACCCUGACAUGGUCCUUCUGUUUAGGCUAGAGACAUGAUACACUGGCACCUGCAUUUGCAAAUGAGGUUGGGACUAGCUCCUGUGAAGGACCCUUCCCUGACCUAGAGUGAUUCAUUCCCUAAAGCAGGAACCUAGUCACCAGCUCCAGUAGUAUACUAGAACCAGAACCAGGCAGAGGCCGUGCUGACCUGAGGGAACUGAAACAAUGUAUCAAUUCCUGCCUGGAAAGAACCCUGCCCUGAAGUCCUCCUAGGCAAGAUCCUUGGAAAAACAAAUGGCCAGAUGUGGCAGUGAAGAGUAGUGGCCACAAGGUGGCAGCAGAGUUUCAGCUGUGGAGGCCCAUUCCACAGCUAAGGUGGGCCUAUCCACAAAAUGUGCAAGCCACCUCUACUCAGUAAGGUUCUAACAAGGGUCUCCUAGCUCUCACCUAACUAUCCACGGGCAAAUCUUAAAAGUGGUGAACCCACAUUUAACUUCACUAGAAGCAAUGGGAAUUGAAAUGGCUGUGGUCCUGACUACCUGUUCCUGGCAGGAGUAGGGACCAAGCUGGGUCAUACUAGCCUGCUCUCAACCCUAGUUCCUUCCCAUCCAGGACAUAAUGCCCAAUCCUGACAGGAGUUUCUUCAGUCAGGAACAAGAGGUGAUCAAUUGAAGCUUCUCCAACCUGUUGAAGGAUUGGAGGUUCUUGUAAGGCUCCUCCAGGGCCUAGCUCUGACAAACUGUCUGCAAUUAAUAAUGCUUCCUAAGCUCUGGAGACAAGAUUUAUGCAUCUAAUAAAGUCUAUAACUCCAGGCUCAUGCUGGGGGUAGAGAACUGAGAGCAGAAAGUCUCCAGGGCGGUAUGGGAGGGGGUCCCAGGUGGCUCUUAAUAGAGCCAUGCAUUUCCAUUGCCUGUCUAGAUUUCCCCCAGGCUGCUGAUGAGGUGGGGGUAGGGGACAUCAGGUAUAAGAAACCCGUGUGCCACGGAGGAGGCAGAUGGCAGCAUGGAUUCCAAGUGGGCUGCUGUGCUGCUGCUACUGCUGCUGCUGAGGAACUGGGGCCACGCUGAAGAGGCAGAGAGCUGGGGUGAAGACCAAGUCUUUGCAGAAGAAGAUAAGGGACCCCACCCAUCACAGUAUGCUCACACUCCAGACAGGAUCCAGACUCCUGGGUCCCUCUUGCGUGUUCUGCUCCAGGCCAUGGAGAGACCUAGAAGGAACCCAGCCUUCUUGUUUCAGCCCCAGAGGUUUGGCAGAAAUGCUUGGGGGCCCUGGAGCAAGGAGCAGCUAAGUCCCCAGGCUAGAGAGUUCUGGAGCCUGGCCGCUCCUCAGCGCUUUGGGAAGAAGUAACAUCAUCUGCUGUGAUAUGUCUGCAUGCAAAAUCACUUCCCCACAUUCCAUGUGUGCCCCCAAAUAAAGUGGUCUGGCUUCUGCAUCUGUGUUUGGACAAGACUCUCAGGGAACGGGUGGGAGCCCAAGAGCAAUAGUUAUAGCCUCCUUUACCUCCACUCAAUCAAUCUCCAGCCAUCUGCUGGAGGGUCCCCAAGGCUACUGCACCUUUCCUCCUGCCUGUAGCAAAAAGAAUGGGGUUCAGAAGGAGAACAAACACACUGUGUAUUCCUUUGACACCCUCAUGACCCAGGGCCAGAGAACACAGGGUUUAAGAAGCCAAAGAGCAGCAUUUAUUCUGGAUUCCAAUAGAAUUCCAAUUUCCUUUCAUUCAUCAUCCAUGGAAUGAGGGCAAACCCUGCGCUGGCUGGGGCCCUGUGGUUCAUGGCUCCUUGCUUGCCUGUGCCUUCCUCAGUCUCAAGGCAGGCGAGCUGUGUCAGAGGUAGAGAUGGCACCUCUGGAGGGCACCAGAGCUAGGCAGUCGCAUAGACCCAGGGCAGAAGGAGCAAGAAGUAACAGAUAUCCAUCACUGUAGUGGGUGCUAUUUGCUACCGGCCAUGAUCCUGAGGUACUGUAGUGCGCGGCGAGCAGCAUCACCUCGGGCUGCCUCCCUGGUAGUGGCAGAACCAUAACACACAGUGGCCGGCUGCGUGGACAGCUCCACUAGGCACUGGCAGAGCCCACUCAGGCUCAGUUCCUCUGGAAGCCAAGAAAGAGGGAGGCACUGGUGGGGAGGGGCACCAAGCAGUGUACAUCACCCAUCUCCCAACUCCUUUAUACUUGCUCUGAUCCAGUCCCCUCCAUCCCCAGUCCCUGGCUGGCCAUACCAAUAUCCAGAUAGCUGACAUGGAAAGCCUGCUCCGCAGAGAGCUCACUGAGGACGCUGCAGCAGGCAGAGCCCAAAGACCCCAGAGAGCCCACGGAGCAACUGCGAAGGGACAGGAUCUUUUCUCCCACAGAAUUCCGUAAGGAAUCCCAGGUGCAGCCUGGCCCACGGUUCCUUAGUCCAUCCAGGCGGGAGCUCACGCCCUAAUG